CUGUCAUCUUGUUUUUGUGGUUAGGAAUAUAUUUUCAAUCAGAUAUUGUGUAACACAAAACCGACAAUAGUAUAUAUGAUGAGAAUAACGCAAUCCGGACGUACAGCAUCGAACAACUAGCCGAGAACAAGUGAAAAUCCAAUAACAUAAUGGCUCAUCGCCUUUUACACACCGCAAAACGAGUGGAAAAGCUACUAUUACACGGAUUGCAGCAUGGUCGAGUGAAUACGAUUCAGCUGCAACGUGAUCUAGCACUUUUCCGGUCAUUCAAUGGAUCCUAUGCACUCGAAUCGAUAUGGCAACAAUUGUGCUCGAAUUCGCCAAAAGGUUUCGACAAAUACUACAAACCCGGUGGGGCAGCUAGUAAGAAAAAUGAAAGCCAGGAUGCAAAGGCAGCCAGUGACAGUCCGAAGCCAGAAAUAGCCGAUCCACCAUCACCCAGUAAAAGUAGCAGCGAAGGUAAAGCGAAACCCCCAGCGAACAAUGACUGGAACUUUGGUAUGUUCGGACCGAGUGCUUCGAAUAAGGGCAGUGGUGGUGGUCGACCGAUUGACGGCGAAAACAACGAUAAAGAAAAGUGGCUGAUAGUCGGUGCAUUAGGAGUUGCAGCGCUGAUCGGUGGACUUGCGUACUCGGAAAUGGGCUACAAGGAAAUCGGUUGGAAAGAGUUUAUUAACGGUUAUCUAGCUCGUGGCAUCGUUGAAAAAUUGGAAGUCGUUAACAAAAAGUGGGUGCGAGUGAAAUUAACGCCCGGCAGUUCGACGGAUUCGUCGGGAAUUCUUUGGUUCACCAUUGGCAGCGUCGAUUCGUUCGAACGGAAUUUGGAAAAUGCGCAAAUGGACUUGAACGUCGAGCCGGUGAACUUUGUGCCAGUGAUCUACAAGUCGGAAAUUGAAGCGUCUAGUCUGUCUGGAUUGUUGCCAACGUUACUGAUAAUCGGCUUCCUCGUUUAUAUGAUGAGACGAUCGGCGAGCAUGAUGGGUGGAGGCGGUAGCAAGAAAGGUGGUGGACUUUUCGGCGGCGUCAUGAAUUCGACAGCAAAAUUGAUCAAUUCGACCGAUAUUGAUGUUCGCUUCAAAGAUGUGGCCGGUUGCGAGGAAGCUAAGAUCGAAAUCAUGGAAUUUGUAAAUUUUCUGAAAAAUCCACAACAGUACAUCGAGCUGGGUGCAAAAAUUCCAAAAGGUGCAAUGCUAACAGGACCACCAGGUACCGGUAAAACGCUGUUAGCCAAAGCGACGGCUGGUGAAGCAAAUGUACCGUUCAUAACUGUCUCAGGAUCCGAAUUCUUGGAAAUGUUUGUCGGUGUCGGUCCAUCCAGAGUUCGUGAUAUGUUUUCGAUGGCACGAAAGCAUGCACCGUGCAUUUUAUUCAUCGACGAAAUUGAUGCUGUUGGACGGAAACGGGGUGGCAAGAGUUUCGGUGGACAUUCCGAGCAAGAGAAUACACUCAAUCAGCUGCUGGUUGAAAUGGACGGUUUCAAUACGACAACGAACGUUGUUGUUUUGGCUGCCACAAAUCGAGUCGAUAUUUUGGACAAAGCCCUUCUUCGACCCGGUCGAUUCGAUCGUCAAAUCUUCGUUCCUGCUCCAGACAUUAAAGGCCGCGCUAGCAUUUUCAAAGUUCAUUUGGGGCCGCUGAAAACAAAUUUGGAUAAAAAUGACCUGUCCCGUAAAAUGGCUGCACUAACUCCAGGGUUCACUGGCGCUGACAUUGCAAACAUUUGCAAUGAAGCUGCACUGAUCGCUGCUCGGGACUCCAACGAGACCAUUAUUAUGAAAAAUUUCGAACAGGCCAUCGAACGUGUGAUCGCUGGCAUGGAAAAGAAAACCAACGUUUUGCAGCCAGAUGAAAAGAAAACGGUUGCCUACCAUGAAGCCGGCCAUGCGGUAUCUGGGUGGUAUCUGGAGCACGCCGAUCCAUUGCUUAAAGUGUCGAUUAUACCACGCGGGAAAGGAUUAGGCUACGCCCAAUAUUUGCCGAAGGAUCAGUAUCUGCUAACGAAGGAACAGUUAUUCGAUCGAAUGUGCAUGACACUGGGUGGACGUGUUUCGGAGGAAUUAUUUUUCGGUAGAAUAACGACGGGCGCGCAAGAUGACUUGCAAAAGGUGACACAAAGCGCCUACUCGCAAAUCGUUCGUUAUGGAAUGAACGAAAAAAUCGGAAACGUUAGCUUCGAAACGGGACAGCCGGGUGAUCCACAAUUCUCGAAACCAUACUCCGAAGACACGGCUCAGAUGAUUGACAGUGAAGUUCGUGUACUGAUCAAACAGGCCCAUAAACGAACGACAGAUUUGCUGGUGAAGCACAAAGACGAAGUGGCCAAAGUUGCCGAACGUUUGCUGAAAAAUGAAGUUCUCAGCCGUGACGAUAUGAUUGAAUUGCUGGGACCACGCCCGUUCAAAGAGAAGUCAACGUACGAAGAAUUUGUGGAGGGAACGGGAUCGUUCGAGGAAGACACCAAUUUGCCGCAAGGUUUGCAUAGUUGGAAUAAAGAAAAAGUUGCAGCGUCAGACGAAACUGCUUCAAAAUCGGAUACAGCUAAGUCGAAUGCAUCAACAAAAACGUAGAGCAACCGAAAUGAUUUAGUUUAUUGAUUUUGUUGAGUGCUUGCUGUGGGCAAUAAAGUAUUUAAAAUGAAUUGGCUC